AUGGUCAAGGGUAUGAGACCACAUUCGACGGAUGCGAACAUUGCGACGAAGCCCGUCGAUGGAGAUUUGGCACGGCUGGUGGUCGACGUCGUCGAUGUCAGGGUCAUGCAAGGAAGCAUCGGUGUUGUCGGUUCGGUCGUCGGGAUGAUCACGACACGGCAAGAAUCCGAAAACGCGGAGAGGAGCAUAUCGGUCAGCCUGGGUGUCUGUGUGUCUUGUCUCCAGAGCCUCUUCACCGCCCCAGACACGAUCUGGGGAAAGCUGUUCCCAUCCACCCCAGCCGCCCUGCUGGCCUACUAA